AUGGGUCCCACCAAUGUCAUGGUCGAGCUUCUUAUCCUCUACUCCAUGGGUCAAGUCAAUGGCUUGAACACAUCUACUUGGUUCUCCUUGGACCGCCGGAAUCUCACGGGUGGUCUCGUUGAUCUCCAGGCCACCUUGACUUGUGUUUUGGAUGUCCGAAGGAACGUGCUCUACGUUGCUUAUGGCUCAAGCCGCCCCACGAUCGAUCUAUCCUCCUCCAAACCCUUGCCUAAUUAUAUCUUCAUUGUUCCUGCCACCUUCUCCACGACGAGUCCCAGCGACCUCCGGUGCUCUCCGGCAACGAAGACAUUGAAUCCGGCAUCGCCGUUCGGUGAUCUUCCGGUUUUCUAUCAGCCGCUGCUAGCUUCGGGCGGCAUUGGGAAUAGCGGCGGCAAUCUCUCCGAAACCAUGAACAAUUUCGCUUACACCCAUUGCCCUAAUUACGGCAGCCCUCUUUUCGACUCCUCUUUACCUAAAGAUCUCUUCAAGGAAGACAAUCAUAAGCCGGAGUUCUAUGAUUCCUUGUUAGGAGAUAACCAAAUUUGGGGAGGAAAUGAAUGGUCUUUCAAGCACCAGGCAAAUUUUAUUGAACCAAAAGAAGACCUUCUUAGCGAGUUCUACAAGAAUUGUUACACACCCCAACAGUACCGUUAUGAUGAUCACCAUGAACUUGAUUUCAAUGGCGUCCAAUCAAAACCGCACCUUGACAACGAGUUUUCUGCGGCUUAUCCCGAGUAUCCAAGCCAUGAUGUUUCGGGUCUGAAAUUCUACACACCAUAUAACCGUGUUGACUCGGAUAAGGACUAUGAUAGACUCUCGCAGAUUUGGUCAGCUUCUUUGGCACAUCUGGGCGAUUUGCGCAAUGAUUUUGGCAAUGAUUCUGAGGACAUUGGAUCAGGAAUGUUUUUUGAAGAUUUUCCUCACUGUAUUGACACUUAUGCUGAGAAUUUAGCACAAAUGUUCAAUAUCUCAGAUAGACAAAAACAACCUGUUCAGAAUACUUCCAUGGCAGCUGAAACUGAAGAGAAUUACAGGCAUAAAAACUGCUGUAAUUAUGGGGAGCAGCUGAAAACUGAACUGCUGCAGAUUGUUUCUUCAUUAACAGCUCAAGUUGGUCGUUUGGAAAUUCAGGUGGAACAUCUUACUCAUAAAGUUCAAGAUAUGGCUGAUAAACUGUCUGGCGAAAAUAACAAGUUUUCUGCUCCAAUUCUGGAUCAUUCGGGCAAGUCUAAAGCUGUUCUUGAAGAAUCUGAAGCUACAGAUAGCAAGUCUUUGGUUGCUUCUGCUGAUUCAAAUCAGAAAUCAGAUGAAAAUGGUUCCAUUGAUGACUCCGAUUCCUCUGCUCCCUUUGAUUGGGAAAUUAUAUGAUUCCAAGUCUUCUUUCAUUUGAAUCUCUUAAGUAGAGAAUCUAUAUAUAUGCAUCUAUCAGUUGGACCUUCUAUGACAGUUUUUCUGUCAGACUUAGUGACUUUGAAUACUUUGUUUCAGAGAACAUUAUUAAGUUUAGUUGUUUUUUUUUUGGCUUAUUUUAUUUGUUAGUUUGGAAUUAUUUGAUUUAGGGUGGAUUUAGGUUGCAUUUAUGCAAAGGGGUUUUAGGAGCAUGCCAUGGGAGUUUAUGCUAAAGAUAAGACUUAGGGUCUGCGGCCCGCGGGCCGGCCGGGUUUCAGGAUAAUCAGCUUAUCCCGAAA